GCAGUCAAGAGUCAACUGUUGAUCGAUGAACUUUUCCAAGGAGUACCCAUGCUACUUACUAGUACUUCCUCACGAGUAUCGUUCCGCGUGGCUCAAGAACUAAUGGUGUUAGACAAAAUAUCGGAUGAACGAGAGCUCAACUACGAGACGCUGGAUAAAUACCUUGAAGAUGUACUCCAGAAACGCGUUAAAAUCGGUCUAGAUGAUGCUGGUUUCCAGCUGGGGCAGAUCUAUUUACUCAACAUGGGAGCAAUGUUGUACGAUAACCUUGUCGAUGCGGACGAACUAAAAAACUAUGGGAACCCACAGACAGAGGGCUGCAAAAUAUUCGAGGAAAUUCUUAAACUCCCUUUCGGACCGGACGAACCUGCCGGUCAGCGCGAGUUGGUAUAUGCGGCUGCAUUUAAUUUGGGCAGGGCGUAUUAUCAAGGUUAUGGCUGUUACCCAUCCAUCGAUAAGGCAAUUGAAUACUUCAAGAUUGCUGCGAACAACGGGGAUCCAAAGGCUUCUAUAUUGGCACAAACUGCCCUUGGUUAUAUUUACUCCGAGCCUGAAAAACGUGAUCUUGACCAGGCAUUUUACUGGCAUUCUGAAGCCUGCGGAAAUGGAAGUGUUGAAUCUCAAGAUAUGCAGAAUGUGCCCAUUUCUUUUGUAGCCGCGCUUGGAGUAAUGUAUCUGUAUGGGCUAGGAGUAAAACAAGACUGGUCCAGUGCGCUCCUUUGCCUCUCUGAGGCCGCAGACCGUGGAAGCCUAUAUGCUAGAGCUUCACUAGCCUACUUCUACUACAAACGCAAAAUGUACACGAAUGCAGCAUUUGUCGCAAGCAAGAUCGUUUUCUCGGCGGGAAACGAUGAGCUCACGAUUGAAACGGACGGUGUCAAAAAUUUCCAAAAACGAGCACGGGCCAUGGCAUGUUUCCUCUAUGCACGAUGUCUUGAUCAAGGACUGGGAGUAGUGCAAGAUAAACAGUUGGCCCAGCGACUUUAUUCCGAGGCUAUUCACUAUGACUUAGCGCUAAUUGCAUGUUACGAGCGCAUGGUCCAGCAUGACGAACUUUGAGGCCCUUCUACUUGUCACCGUGGAUUUCUCCCUAAUUUUUCUCACUAACGGCGUAUUUUUGGGUUUUGGAUUAUUU